AUUUGCAGUCAAUUCAGACGGAGGAGCAGGAAUGGAUCGCUACACCUCUAAACUGUCUCCUGCUGUUGAUUAUGGUGCAGGAGUGUUCUUGUUGGUGGUUGCCAUUCUCUCCAUCCUGGGAAAUGCAGCCGUCCUUGUAACAGCUGCCUGGCGUCACAGCGUUCUCAAGGCUCCUGAGCUCCUCACAGUCAAUCUGGCUGUCACUGACAUUGGUAUGGCUCUCAGCAUGUACCCGCUCUCAAUCGCCUCUGCCUUCAACCAUGCCUGGAUUGGAGGUGACCCUUCCUGUCUGUACUAUGGUCUGAUGGGUAUGAUCUUCAGCGUGGCCAGCAUCAUGACCCUGGCCGUCAUGGGGUUGGUGAGAUAUCUGGUGACAGGAAACCCUCCAAAAUCAGGUAGCAAGUUUCGAAGAAAAACUAUCAGUAUAUUGAUCGGUGUGAUCUGGCUGUAUUCUCUGCUCUGGGCAGUGUUUCCUUUUCUGGGAUGGGGAGGAUAUGGGGCGGAACCCUACGGUUUGGCCUGCUCUGUGGACUGGACCGGGUACCAGCACUCCUUAAAUGGCUCUUCAUUCAUUAUGGCUUUGGCCAUCCUGUGCACCCUGAUCCCAUGUGCAGUCAUCCUGUUCUCCUACACUGGCAUCGCCUGGAAGCUCCACAAGGCCUAUCAGGCCAUCAAGAGCAAUGAUAACCUGCCCAACUCUGGGGCCGUUGAGAGGAAAGUCACCCUGAUGGGCAUCCUGAUCAGUGCCGGCUUUAUUGUAUCCUGGACGCCCUACGUGUUCAUCAGUCUCUGGACCAUGUUUCACUCUGAUGGCAAAGACAGCGUGGCACCCAUUGUCAGCUUGCUACCCUGCCUCUUUGCAAAAUGCUCAACGGUCUACAAUCCCUUGGUCUACUAUGUUUUCCGCAAAUCCUUCCGCAGAGAGCUUCGGCAAAUCCGGAUGUAUUGUUGCUGGGGUGCUGUGAACAAAAUGACACUCUGUAUAGGAGCAGAAAGCUCAGAGGAUACUAGCAGGGCACAAGAGACAGCAGAAGAGUGAACACACACUCAAUAAAAAGACAAAGGUUGCCGGAUGUUUUGCAAUAUGGAAACUCUUGGACUUGGUGUGCUAUGGCAUUUUCAAGAGCAUCAAGUCUGUCUCUGAAGCCCACAGAAGUGCACUACUGCAUGAACAUGGGACACGGAAUGGACAUUUUUGGAAACAUUUCAUAAAGAUUCAUCUUUGGAUGCCAGUGAAACAUGCAGCAAUUUAGCUUCAGAUAUUCACUGUCCCAGUCAAAUGCUGCCUGUUUGAGAAAUAUCUUAUUCUUCUCUCCUUUUACCUCAUCUUUUACUGCUGCCUAACCUUUUUGCUUUUGGCAGAUUAUUGGGAGAUCAGAGCUACUGUAAUCUUUAUAAAAGAUAAAUGCUUUAUAAGAAGAUAGAAUGGUUGUUUGAUUGAUUUAUCAAUCACAAGGAAUGUUUUUUUGUGUGUAUGUUUCAAUAAUUUUGUCUUAUGUCGAUUUCAGUUUGCCAUUGAACCUUAUUUUUCAUUGAUCAUUUCUCAUACUGACUGUUUCUUGUAUGUUCCUCCUGCGUUCUUUAUUCUGCAAUAACUGUUGUGAAUCUUUCUUUAAUAGUAUUCACAUGUAAUGCAUCCAAAGCUGUAAUUAUUGGUGAAAAGGGCUGAUCAUCAGGUGAGGUACACAGAUUGAAAGAUGGCUGUUAAUGCAUGACUCCUUCAAGACAAACACCCCAUUGAGACUUUGAUCAAAAAGUCACGCUCACUUAGUCAAGCUAUAGGGCACAGAUGCUAAACUUGUUGUUAGACAGAAUUCUUCAAAAACAAAUAAAUCCACAUUAGGUGUUCCUAAACUACAGUAUGAUCCCUUUUAAUACAGGCUUGGAAAUAUUUAAUCAUUUCAUUGUUUGUGCUACUUUGCAAUUGCCUUUUAUGUACAAGUAUAUGUCAUUGUUUUAGGAUCACCCAGUCACAAAUAUAAAAAAAUAAA